AUGUUACUCAGAGCAGUCCCAGGAUAUUUUGCUGCAUAUCCAAAUGAAGGUUUUCAAGGUUUGGACUCUACCAAGUACGAUCAUUUACAAUUGAUUAACCAUAAAGAUUGGGAGGAAUUAUAUUAUGCUAUGCCUAGGAAUACUAAAACUCACCAUUAUAAGCUGUUAAUCUUGGCUAGACAUGGUCAAGGAUACCACAACGCUGCCAUACUAAGGUAUGGUAUGGAGAAAUGGGAUGCAUAUUGGUCAUUGCUUUCGGGCGAUGAACACGGAGAGUGGCUUGACUCUAAACUGACGCCUCUAGGCAAAGAUCAAGUUAGAAGAACGGGGUCCAAUGUUCUGUUACCGGUGACAAAGCAGCUAGGUAUGCUACCUCAUGUUUUUUUCAGUUCUCCAAUGAGAAGAUGUCUCGAAACAUUCAUUGAAUCCUGGACACCAGUUUUGGCCGAGAUGCAAAAGGUACCAACCGGAACUAAAAUUUCCACACGCAUUAUAGAGGGUUUAAGAGAGACCCUGGGCUCUCACACUUGUGACAAAAGAGUGCCUCACUCAAUAACAGUUGACGAAUACCAAGAUUUCCGCACAGAAUCAGGCCACACUGUACAUUGGCAAUAUGUACCAGAUUACCCAGAAGAAGAUGAUUUGUGGCUAGUUGAUCACAGAGAAACGUGUGCGGAAUUAGACAAGCGUACACAGGAUGGGCUAUCCGAGCUAUUUAACCAACUGUCAAGCGAAGAAAAAUUCGUCUCUCUUACUUGCCAUUCGGGCGUCAUUCAAAGUGUCUUAAGGAAUUUACAGCAUCCUCCAGUUUACAACUUGGAUACAGGUAAAGUCGUCGCUGUCGUCGUGGAAGUGCCAGUCAACACGGCCGGUCAAGGUAGGCUUUAA